AUGGAACUCAACCGAGAACAUUUUCGCGCCAUAAUUUAUUAUAACUUUCAGAGACAAUUAUCGCAACAAGAAUGCCUUGCUGAGUUACUAUCUGUUUUCGGAAACGAAGCGCCACAUCAGUCGACAAUUUCCCGUUGGUAUGGUGAAUUCAAACGUGGACGGGUGAGUCUUAGCGACGAUUCCAGGGUGGGUGCACCAAAAACGUCAGUCACUCAGGAAAAUGUCGAUGCUGUGCGCAAACUCAUCACUGCAGAUAGACAUGUGACAUAUCGCGAGAUUGAGGCGUGCUUGAAGAUCUCAAAGACCUCAAUUCAAAAAAUUUUACGUGAAGAAUUAGUAAGAAAAUUAGUUUCUCAGCAGAAAGCAGCCAGGGUUAAUUGGUGUCAAAAAACGCUUGACCGUUUCCGGAAACUCAAAAAAUGUGUACAGCAUGAGAAGCCAACAAAAGUCAUCCGUUCUCGAAGUGUUUCGAAAAAGAUGAUCGCGACAUUUGUGUCAAAAGCUGGUCAUAUUGCAACAAUUCCUCUUAAUGAGCAAAGAACUGUUUCUGCGGAUUGGUAUACCACCAUUUGUUUGCCAAAAGUCAUCACCGAGCUUCGAAAAAUCAACCCCGAAAGAAGAAUCAUCUUCCACCAAGACAAUGCAAGCUCGCACACAGCCCAAAAAACAAUUCAGUAUUUAACGGAAGAAAACGUGGAAUUAUUGGACCAUCCUCCAUAUAGUCCCGAUCUAAGUCCUAACGAUUUCUUUACUUUUCCGAAAAUUGAAAACAGAAUGCGUGGUCAACGGUUCCAGUCACCACAACAAGCAGUUGACGCAUUCAAAAAUGCCGUUUUGGAACUGCCAGCAAAGGCGUGGAAUAAGUGCUUCGAAAAUUGGUUCGAGCGCAUCAGAUUUGUCAUGGACUUUUAG